CUUUCCAGCUCUUUGUUUCUUUUUUCAAUGCAAAAAAAAAUGUUAUAAGUUUUUGUUUUUCAUUUCAUUUUCUUUUCCCCUCUUCUGACGCAUUGCCCCUUUUCAUCUCUGGAGCGUCCAGCCAUAAAUUAUCACCCUUAAUCAUUCACAUCAUAUACACAUUAUGAUCAUCUUAUCGAUUACACGCAAAAUGUAUUAUUGAUACAGGCUAUAUUCUUACUCUGGACUUGACUGUAAGUCUAGUCUGUACGAUGCACAUAACUAUUACUGAGAAGCAGGGCCAUGGACGAACAAUCGACGGAUCUGGUGCAUAGCUCGGUGAUCCGCAAUAGAAUGGCCAUCCCUAACAUCAAAAUGACUAAUCCAAUUAAGAAACUGGUCAGUAAACAAAGAAAGAGGUACACUGAAGAUGGGUUCAACUUAGAUUUGACUUACAUUCUAGAAAAUGUGAUAGCUAUGGGGUUUCCAGCAGAAAAUUUAGAAAGUGUAUAUCGAAAUCAUAUAGAUGAUGUAAGCAAACUUCUUGAUCAAAAACAUCCUGAUCAUUACAAAAUAUACAAUCUUUGUUCUGAACGAUCGUAUGAUCCAAAGAAAUUUCAUCAUCGUGUAGUCACUUAUCCGUUUCAAGAUCAUAAUCCCCCCAGCAUUGAGGUUAUUCGACCUUUUUGUCUUGAUGUGCAUGAAUGGCUCGGCAAUGAUGAGAGGAAUGUUGCUGUUGUUCAUUGUAAAGCUGGAAAAGGUCGAACAGGAGUUAUGAUAUGUUGUUACCUGAUACAUAGCAGAAAGUUUAAAACGGCUAAAGAAGCGCUAAAUUAUUAUGGACAAAAAAGGACAUUUGAUGAAAAGGGUGUAACCAUUCCCAGCCAGAGAAGAUACGUAAAUUAUUACUCGAUGUUGGUUCAAGAAAACUUGAUUUAUAAGCCUGUUGUAUUAACUGUAAAAGAAAUAAAACUUGAUCCAGUGCCCACCAUUUUUAAUUCUGGUCAAACUUGCAUUCGUUUAGUUAUAUCAGAAUGGACAAGUGCAGAUAGUUCUAAAAUAAGAAAAGUUUAUUCAUCAGACAUGCAGGAUAUUCGACGCAGUGAUUCAGAUGUUACAAUCCGAUUGGCACAAACAACUCAAGUUCGCGGUGAUGUAAAAGUUGAAUGCUACAAUAAACAUAAAAUGAAGAAAAAGGAAAAACUUUUUCAUUUUUGGUUUAAUACAUUUUUUGUUCGAGAGCCUGUUGUUACCGAAAAUGGAAAUAGGGAACAUAAGAAUAAUUGUAACCAGCAUGAAAAGACAACUCGUACAAACAGUAUGGAUGAUUCAUCUAAUCUCCGUUUGCCAAACUUUAAAAUGCGAACGAAUUCAAUUGGCAAUGUAGACGUAGUUGAUAAUCGCCUGUUAACACUAUACAUGAACAAAUGGGAACUAGAUGGACAUAAGGAUAAGCAGAAUAAACUGUUCAGUCCAGACUUUCACGUCAGCCUGUUGUUUGAACGUGCUGAUGUAACUGAACCUGUAGUUGGGGAGUUAUCAGAAAGCGAAUCAAGCAGUUGCACCACAGCUGAAGAAGACGAUACUGGAUGUGAAGAAGAUGGAUGGGAAUCUGAAUAAUGAUUGGUGAAGGCCGCUUUAUUCUCUCCUUUAGGCUUUCUUAACCCUGUCGCUUGAGUGCACAAUACAACCGACAGCAUUGAUGCAAAUGUGAUUGUGUUUCCGGUGGUUCUAGGCGAAUCGACGUAUCUAUAAGAUAAUGGAAAUGCUGCAAACAGAGGACAAACAACGAAAGUGUUAUUGUACAUAAAAUAAAUGUAAUUGCAAGUAAAUGUUUUUUUUUUUUUUUUUUAAUAUAUAUGUGUGUAUGAUGUAAUAUGUAUGUCUAUAUAUAUAUAUAUAGAGGGAGAGAGAGAGAAUUUUACAAUUAUUAUAGACAGGAUUAAAAAAGCUCAUCCACAUUACUUCUGGCAUACCCUCGCCUAUUUAUUAUUUUUAUAGUACAAAGAAAAUAAAGUUUUGACUCUGAUAACUUUAUUACAAAAUGUUUUAUUAUUAAUAUUUUCGUGUUCAUCUGUUAAUUUUUAAGUCUUCCAUGUUGCCAUUG